AGCAGAAUUUGGCCAUGACCUUACACUCUGCCGCUGAGGCAAAAUGGCCGCCAAUUUUGGAGCUGGACGGAGAGCUCGAGAAGCACAUGUUCUUUAUCCUCCCAAAAAUGCAAUUUUCAGUCGUUGAACCUUAAAAUUUUAAGCCAAAAUAUCGUUAUGGUCCUCUCGUGCCAAUUUGGUAUGUGUAGGUGUUGACUACUUGUUGACGGUAUCGUGUGUGUUGAUGUUGAACUUGAAGGUGUAGGCCUAUCCGUGCGUGUAUUAUUUCUACCUUCAUGGUUAACCGUGUAACAACAUGUUUGCGAGAAGUCAAGGUCUUGUAUGUAGGCCUAAUGCACGUUUGUUUACAUGCAUGUACCGCCCUACAAUUACAAACAUCGCCGGUCAGCGCCUCCGUUGCAAACGUGCCUUGAUAUACCGGUUGGGUGACACGAAAAGGCUGGUGUCAUCCGAGUCCAGGCAUGCCAGGACCAGCCCAGAUGGAUCGAGUUGCAUAAGGCAGAUUAAGGCCGAGGAAGUGCACGAAGUGUGGCAGUUGGAUGCCCAGAGUUACCCUGAUUAUCCGACACAGCCAAUAGAGAUAUUAACUCGUGCCCAGAGAGCCGCACCCGACCUUUUUUGGGGACACUUCGCAAACGGGAGGAUGACUGGAUUUGCCUGUGCAACUCUCAGUUCCGGCAGUAAAUGGACCCACGAUUCCUUGUUCAACCAUGAGCCAGAGGGCGCUGUUGCUUGUUUGCAGUCACUGUGUGUCUACCCCGAGUUCAGAAAAAUGGGUAUUGCAAAGGCACUUGUAAAGCAUCUUGUAAAACACAUCGAGGACAACCACAAUGGUGUAACUAACAUGUGCUUCGUAUGCGAAGCCCACCUCAUACCGGCUUACAGGCGCAUGGGCUUCACAUACGUGGGGCCCGCAGAUCCUUCCUGCCUAUCGGGUGAAGAAUCCUCGCAGUGGUAUGAUAUGGAGUACCGAGUACCGGCCUCGCCCAAGGAUUCAGAGUGAACGUAGACCAACCUGCCAGAGUCUUCUGAAUUAAUGAAAAUAAUGUUUGUUAAAUUGAAUAAAACUGCCGCCAACUGCCUACUGAGUGGAUUAUAUAACCUGGGAGGUUAUAAUAGACAAAGGAAGACAGUAAGAGACGAAGUAGUACUUGAGCUGAUGUGGUUUAUUCGGUUGGCUGUGACGCUCUCUGUCUGAUUUCUAGAUUUUACUGGUUUUUAUACAGUAAACGGACAUUCCAAUCUUACAGCUAUAUUACAGGUGUUCUUGCCUUAUUAGGAAUUGUUCAGUAACUAUUGAAUAUUAAUAAUACAAGAUUGAAGGUGUUUGGUCAACUUGUAUCUGGGGGCAGGGCUAGGCAAAUGAAUAGAACAAUCGGAUUUCCUUAUAAGUCCGUGGGCUGAAUCACUGUGGCCUUCCGAUGCAGCCCAGCAUCCACCCACGCGGACCUUGUGGCUUAACUGGCCAUUCCUUAGAUGUGCUUCAUUACUAGGAAAGUGGUUCUGUUCCUUGACGAUCAACCCAUACAACUUUUACAGUAAAUAUAAUCCAUUAUAUUUUGACCCGAAAUAAUAUCUCAAUCAGAAAAGUUAUAGCGGGCUUAAGGUUUCAAUCCAAGCAUUGACCUUCGUCAACGAAUUAAAAAUGAGGGGAAAAAAUAAAUAAAACUGAACAAAACUGCACGCUGCAAACAAACUGACUGGAUUGACCAGGGAUAUACAAAUGGGGGUCUAAUUUUUUAAAUAUUUUUUUUAUCCUAGCAGGACCUUUUAUCAAAGGCAAAAUAAUGUUUAAAACAGCACAUUGCAGUUAUUUACAUUGCCGACUCUAUUUCGUAGCCUGCUUUUGAAGGACAAAUGUACCAAAUCUGAACACGAUGAAGCUUAAACUGAGUUUGUUUUACCCGGAAGUGUUGCACAGUUUGAAUAUAUAAAUACACACAAAAAGUCCAGUGUUCUUUCAGCAAAACGAAAGGAAAUCACAUAGGGGUGUGUGUGAAUUGUUUUCGUUUUGCUGAAAGAACGU